CUCCUGGCACCAUUACCACCAUUCAGUUUCUCUACUGCCACUACCACCACCAAUAGCAACAAACCUAGCAGUGUUAUAUAUAGUUUGUUGUGUGUUUACAAUUGCAUCGUCUCUCUCUCUCUCACUCUCUCUCUCUCUCCACACACACACACACAUAUACACACACAAACACACACACACAUACAUACAUGCAUGUAUGUAUAUGCCUUCAGCCAUACAUUCGAGAUUAUAUAUGUAUAUAUACACUCACACAGAGGCACAUACACGUAGAGAAAAGACGGAGGAAGAGAAAGUGUGUGAGAGCGUGAAAGAUAUAUAUAUAUAUAUAUGUAUGUAUAUAUAUAUGUAUAUAUCUAGGCAGAUAUAUGUAUAUAUCUAGGCAGAUGUAUGUAUAUAUAUAAGUGUGGAAUAUAUAUAUAUAAUAUAUAUUUAUAAUAUAUAAUAUAAUAUAUACAUGUAUAUAUAUAUACACCACACUGACAGAGCUGGUACACGUGUGUAUAUAGAUACAUAUACACAGUUGUCAUAUUUCACAUGGUCUUCUGACAUUUUACAAAAUUGUCAAUGAGAGAAAAACGAGAGAUGAACACAUAGAGAGAGGGAGAGAAAGAGAGUGUAUAUAUUUAUUAUAUAUACCAAGGAAAGAGACACAUAGGGAGAGAAAGUGUGUAUAUAUAUUUAUAUAUGCAUCUGUAUACCAAGUUGACACAUAGGAGAAAAAGUGGAAAAUUAUAUACACAUUUAUCAACAACAGGCCACGUUUAAAAAAUACCCCAGAAAACUGUAAGCAUAUAUAUAUAGAUAUAUAGAUACAUAAAUACAUUAUCAUAUAUAUAUAUUUAUACAUUUAUAUAUUUAUAUAUUUAUACAAUAUAGAGCUUGACAUAUGUAUAUAUAUUUGCAUAUAUACAUAAGUAUAUAAAUGUGUAUUUAUACAUUGGCAUAGAAACAAAAAGAAAAAAAGAAAAAAAAAUUGCACAAGCGUAUACGCAUGUAUUGUUGAAGUUUUUACUUGUGUGUCUGUCUAUAUAUAUGUAUAUAUACACAUGCAUAUAUGCAUAUAUUUUAACAUCCAUCCAUCCAUCCAUCCAUCAGUUCAUCACUAAACAGAAAUUCACACACACAUAUAUAUAUACAUAGAUAUAUAUAAUAUAUAUCUAUAUAUAUAUUUAUAUACACAUAUUGUCACAUAGAUACACAACUGUAUACGCAAUCUACACACAUUUUUUUUUUCAAUACUGUUCUGUAUAUUUACACAUUUUGUGAAGUUACCACCAGCAACCGUGCAACACACAACACACAGAUCUAUAUAAUAGUAUAUAUAUUGUAUAUAUACCUAUAUAUAGUAUAUAUUCUGAUAUAUAUAUAUAUUUAUAAUCCCACAUACAGAAUACUUAAAACUUUCACAAAUAUAUAUAUUUAUAUAGAUAUAGAUAUAUAGAUAUAUAUAUAUAUAUACAGGCAUACAUAUAUAUAUAUAUAAAUAUAAUUCACAUAUCAGUUAUAUUCCAUACUAUAUCAUAUACAUAAAUAUACAUAUAUAUAUAUAUAUAUAUAUAUAUAUAUGUACCAUAUACCAUACCAUUUGCUAUAGUUUAUUUACCAUAUUACCAAAAUUAUAUGAAGUGUUAUAACUAACAGAGAAACUCCAUAAGUAAGAGGUGAUUCCAGUGAGAUUUUUCCAAACUCCAAAAAAAAAAAAAAAUAUUCUAAGUUCUUCGGAAACCUAAAUAAAAAUUUAAAAUUUAAAAAAAAAAAAAAAAAGGAACCAUGAACAUCGCACAGUUAAUAAGGGCUGCUGAGUUCCUGGAAAGGAAAGACAGAGAGGCUGAACAUGGGUACGCUGCCCCAGCAACACAUAUUCCUGAUGAUAUUACAAAACGGAGACCUAAAUCGAAGAAAUCGCAAGGAAAUCGGUCAACUCACAACGAAUUAGAGAAGAAUCGGCGGGCCCAUUUACGUCAUUGUCUUGAAAACUUGAAAGAUCUUGUGCCGUUGGGCCAAGACUGUACUCGGCACACAACACUAGGUUUAUUAACUAAAGCUAAAUCAUUUAUUAAGGCACUUGAAGAAAAGGAAAGGCGAAAUACUCAACUGCUAGACAAAUUAACGAAAGACAAUGGACAUUUACAAAGGAAGAUAGAUGAAUUAUCAGAAAUAAAUUGGUACCGACCAGAACGGAAUGAUGUGGACAUCUUAGGAUAUAACAGUACGCAAAGUGAUGACAGCGAGGACAGAAGUAGCAUCGACAGUGACGGCUUUGUGUCCGGCACGGGACAGCUGUCGCUGGACACCAACUCCAACCGCCCCACCCCAUUGCUAUGA